AAGAAAAAAACGGCUACAAUUCAACGUUGGCUAAUGUUAGCCGACAGCUACGAGCUAUAAAUAUCAUUUUGGACGCAUUCGCAUGCUGUAAACGGUUCCAAAACACUUAUUCGAAGGUAGUCGCUUCCCCACGUAUACGAGAAGAUAGUUUUACGGCUUCAGAUAUUGUAAGAAAUACAUUUGGCGUUAGCGCACGCCCUGCUAAACAACAUACUCGGUGGUUAGCUGUGGUAGCUUCGUUUGCUUUUUAAUGCAUAAAAUGAGUCUAGCGGUUCACCGCGAGCCCCGAAAGACUGCGGGGAAUCGCAUGUCCAAGUUGCUGGACGCCGAGGAGGACGACGAGUUCUACAAGACCACUUACGGAGGUUUCAACGAUGAAUCGGGAGACGACGAGUACAAUGAAGAUCAUUCGGACACGGAGGACGAGGUGGACAGUGAUUUUGACAUCGAUGAGGGGGAUGAGCCAGACAGCGCCCAGGAAGACGACGCGCCUCGCAGGAAGAGUCGAGUCGUUACUAAAGCAUAUAAGGAGCCUGUGAAGGUGGCCAAGCCCAAGCCCAAACCCAAACGACCAUCAGAGGAAACAAAGAAGAUAGAGAAGAAACCCAAAGCCGAGCUCAAGCGGAGGAUUCCACAAGAAUUUCAAGACUACGGCGCCCGCAAAUCCGUGCGACAGUCCACCAGCGAGCACACCCGCAAGACCAACCUGCGCCUGCAGGAGCGCCAGGAUGCCCCUCGCCGCCGGAGGGGGGCCCACCGCGACCGGCCCCUCACCCAAGAGGAGCUGCUGGCCGAGGCCAAGAUCACCGCCGAACUCAACAUUCGAUCGCUGGAAAACUAUGAGCGCCUGGAAGCUGAUAAGAAGAAGCAAGUCCACAAGAAGCGCCGAUUCGAGGGCCCCACCAUCCGUUACCACUCUGUUCUGAUGCCCCUCGUCUUGCCGUCGCAUCUCAAAGAGGAGAACGUAGACGUCGAAGGUUUGGAUCAAGAUGUUCCUCAGACGGUGCUGCCGAAUCCUGCCAUGUCCUCGCAGCAGCCCGUCGGUGGCCUCUGCUCGCGCACAUUUGUGACUUUCAGCGACGACGAGGCGUUUAACUGCGGGUUCCCGCGCAGCGCUCAGGCAAGUCCCCAGAUCCCCGUGCAGGAAAUCUGCCCCGUCACUCACAAGACGGCGCUGUACCGGGACCCGGUCACGGACAUCCCGUACGCCAACGCGCGGGCCUUCCGCAUCAUCCGCGAGGCCUACCGUAAGUACGUGGCCGCUCACGGGUUCCCCAACGCGUCGGGAGGGAUGACGGGACGGGACGCGGCGUCGAGAGGCGCGCGCCACAGGAUGCUGGUCAAGCAGAGUGCACUCGCCACUUAAAUGGGAUUAUUUUUUUCUUUCUUUCCGGGAACAUGUCAUCCAUAAAGACUGCACACUGGACUCUUCACCAUACAGAGGAUGAUUUCCGUAGAUUAAUUUGAGUGGAUUGAAUAAUGCCUUUGGACUCUCUCCCACUUUCUUUUUUUUUGUUUUCCUUGAAUAAACUGUCCUUUUGUAUUGUGAAAAGAUGUCCUUUCUACAACGAAUAAAAGUAAUUUAUGUUUUCUUUUUAGACUCCUCUGUAGCAGUAGUUCACGGGUGGUUAAUAAUUAUGAUGUUGCCGUCCAUUGAAAAGCAGGUAUUUGUAAAUUUAGUGUUUUAUGAAAAAAAAAAAACGAUAUAGUUUGAAGGUUUGGGGUAAAACGACACAUAAUGCAGAUACACACAAAAUCAUGUAGUUCCUCCCACCAGCAUGGUGCCAACGCGUUACUUUUCUAUUUGACGGGGCUUUGGCGCCAUCUUGAGGCAUCGUUGGGCAUCUCACAAAGUGCAGAAUGAGAGACUUGUGCGUCCUGUUAUGAUAGACAUGCCCACCCAAUUUUGUGUUGAUCGGUGAAACUGGUGUCUGGGUCUUUCUUUUUUUCUCCCGCCUUCUCCCCCGCCAUCUUUUAUCUUAACCUUCCCUUGACUGAGUAAAUUUGGGAGGGUUGUGUUGGGUAAUCCCUAAAAUACAAGAAAUUUCCCAUGUAUCCAGAUUCCUGCCAAUAUUUCAAGGCCAUCCAUGCCUCUGGAACAAAGUUUUGUAGAAAUUGGAAAGUUUUUGUGUCAUGUAAACCCACCUAAAAAUCCAUUUUGAGAUUGUAUCAGUUAAUUCUUUUUAUGAAUAAGGCAUAAAUUGGAAAUAAAGCAAACCAGCACCAUCUGCUGGUGGGGCACUGCCACUCCUGUCCCCAUUACAGUCCGAACUGUUAGUUUACUGAGUAAUGAACAGAGAACAUUGCACAAAAUACCUCUUGUAAUGUUCACAAUAGUGAGUACAGUGAGCCCUGGCAUUUUCAUGAUUUGGCAUUUGCGGAUUCUCCUAUUUGCUGAUUUAAAAAAAA